GCUUGCAAUCACCUCUUGUAUGUCUUGGAGCAUACGAAUGACAAUAAGCACGGAAAUUGGUCCGUCCCAUCAGGGGGAUAUUUUUAUUUCACGUUCUUUUCCUAACGAUUGUUUCUAUUCUAUAUUCCAUUUGUCUCCUCUUCAGAUACGAUAGAUACUGAUCGGAGCAAGUCAUCCAUCAUGUUGGGGAUCAGAAGUUCUUCACUCCGCUCAUCAUCUCGGAUUAUUUUGGGAUACCUGGUUACAUCUUAUCACACUAUUGUCCUUGCUUACGAUUUCGUAAUAAUCGGCGGUGGCACCUCUGGUCUCGUGAUAGCCAACCGUCUAUCCGAAAUCCCAAACAUAACUGUCGCGGUAAUUGAAGCCGGGUUUUCGGUUCUUAACAACACAAAUGUCAGUCGAGUUGAUGGGUUUACGCUAAGUCUUAAUACACCGAUCGACUGGCAAUAUGAGACCAUAAAUCAGACUUAUGCUGGUGGCAGAACGGUCAAAUACAAUGCCGGGAAAGCAUUAGGUGGAACAAGUACAAUCAAUGGUGAGUAUUGUAUUAGUGAACGAUAUCUGGCAGGCUGGACUAAAGUUCAUAGGAAUGACAUAUGUGCGAGCUCCAUCGCAACAAAUUGACUCAUGGGGAGAGCUUGGACUUGGUAAUACUGGAUGGAAUUGGUCGACUCUCUAUCCAUACUAUAAGAAAAGUGAGAGUUUAACAAUUCCAAGUCAUUCUCAAAGAGCGGCUGGUGCAUCAUAUAUUCCUGUAUUUCAUGGAGAUAACGGACCUCUUAAGGUGGGAUAUGCGUAUGAUCUCAAUAAUGGUUCUCUUUCUUCUCAAGUAGGAAGCGCGUGGGAGACUCUUGGGGUGCAGCGGAAUCGGGAUAUAAAUGGUGGAAAUGUGACAGGAUUCAUGGUGGGACCAUCUACCGUAGAUCGAGAGAAGAAUGUAAGAGAAGAUGCUGCGAGGGCUUAUUAUUAUCCUAUUCAGGGUAGGCCGAAUUUGCAUGUGUUUUUGAACACUACUGCCAGGAGAAUUGUUUGGGGUAGUAACUUGGGAGCAACGUACACAGCGAGUGGUGUAGAGGUUUUGAAUUCGAAUGGGGAGAUUGAGGUUAUAAAUGCGACGAGGGAGGUUAUUGUUUCUGCUGGGAGUAUGAGAUCGCCAGCUAUUCUGGAACUUUCUGGUAUUGGGAACCCGAAGUAAGUUCCAACAAUCAUGACAAGUGUGCAAUACACGGUUAACAAGCUUAGGAUCUUGCAAAAAUAUGGUAUACCAACCAAGAUCAUCCUUCCUGGUGUAGGGGAGAACUUUCAAGAUCAACCCAACAACUUAUUUGUCUACCAGGGUAAUACCACAUACAACGGAACAGUACCAUAUGUGACUUAUGCCCCAUUAUCUUCAAUACUCCCAAGCGUACCAGCGGCUAAUAUAAGCACUUGGGCAUCAUCAAUUUCCGCUGCAAUCAACAGUUCCAUUUCACCUGGAGCCAUGGAUUAUCUAUUGACUAUACAGAAUGAUCUCAUCAAUCAAAACGUUCCAGAUAUUGAGGUCAUCUUCGGUAACGCGGUAACCAUUGGAUCCGGACCAAGCGUUUAUCUGUACACAGCCUUUUGGGUACUCUUACCAUUUUCUCGAGGCAACGUCCAUGUUUCUUCCUCGGAUCCUGCUGCCUAUCCAACCAUCAACCCUAAUUUCUUCCUCGUAGACUUCGAUCUCCAAGUCCAAGUAGCAAUCGCAAAAUGGACAAGGAAAUUAUGGGCUACCAAACCGUUAGAAAAUGCGUUUACCGAAAUAUCGCCCGGAUAUGCGGUCCUGCCAAAGAAUGCAACGGAUGUGCAAUGGGAAACUUGGAUCAAAUCAACCUGUAAGCGAUCUUCCCUUCUUUCUACGUUCUAGGCUGUCCAUUCCCGGAGGUUAAUCAUUCAAUAAUGUAAAUAUAGUUGGACCCAACAAUCAUCCAGUGGGGACGUGCUCUAUGCAGGGGAGAACAUCUGGUGGAGUAGUGGAUUCCAAUUUGAAGGUGUAUUUUACCAGUAAUGUGCGGGUAGUUGAUGCUUCCAUUUUGCCUUUCCAGGUAAGUGGGCAUUUGACGAGUACAUUGUAUGCGGUUGCGGAGAAGGCAAGUGAUGUUAUCAAAAGUAUGUAUGGGUUUGCAUGAGGUAGUAGAGUAUGGGAAUUCAACACGAUGAUAUCGAGGUGAUGAGGUAGACUGAGCUGCGGACAUUCAUAUUCAUUCGAAAAAUGUCAUCAAAGAUAAAGUUCAAGGUUGUCAGCCUACCAAGCGUAAAGUUCGAUUUACCUUUCUGAUAAAGAAUAUGACAGACUUAGAUCCAUUUGGUCAGUUCGUGGACAUUUCACCCCGAUUCUCGUUCCUAGAAAUCAG